AUGACCUCAGACUCAUCGCUCGCCGGAUCAGGCGGUGCUUAUUCUUCAGACAUGGAGGAAUCGACGUUUCUGAAACGCAAUCGUGUCAUUCACUUUACAAGACUUGGUCUAUCUUUCUUGAUAUUCGGCAUUGCUAUUGCCGUCGUCGCAUGCGAAGCCCCACCCCUACGACAUUAUAACAACACCUCCCAGUGGGCGAGUGCCGGUCUCGCGCUGUGGCCUUUGAAUUUUGACCUCCGUCCAACAACCGCCGCCAUUUCGUGCGGCUGUAUAAUCACCGUCUUGAACUUGGUAUACAUCGCCGUUGCUCUCCUCCCAUCUCCGCAUUCCCGCAUCAAAUCACUUAACAAUUACGCCUCAGCUUCAGCCAUCGCAGGUUUUUUAACCGCCCUGGUCGGCAUCCUAUUCAUAAUCUACCUACCGUCCUCGGAUUACCCGGCAGGGUUCAGCAAGAACGAAACCCUCCACAGCUGGACAUGCAAGUGGAAAACUGGGACAAGUGGCACUAAGACACCCCAUCACUUUGACCGUGACUGCGUCAAUACUCGUGCUGGAUUUGUGUUGCUGUGUGUACUUGUUGGACUGGAGGGGUUGAUGGGAGUUGUUGCUGCUGUUGGUAUGUGGUUCCAGCGAGAUGUUGCUCGUCGUCGGGCAGAGCAGUUCCAACUCGAGAAGUUGGAGAUUGCAACCAAGCAGGUGUAUCGUAAUUGA